UGUGCAUAAAAAAAAAAAAUUGAUUCAAAACCCAAACUGAUGGUUUCUUAUAUCUUCCAUGGAAGACGUGCGCUGGGAAUGGAAUGGGCUGCCAGUGCUUUGUGAUGAGGGGACGGAGAGCACUGUGACACUGCGGGGCCUGGCCUUGCCAGGGCGCUGAGGGACGCAGAGCCCCAGGAGAGCGCUUCCACAGCAGGCUGCAGCUCCCCUGGAGCCCGGGCAGCUCUGCAGCACAGCGUGUCGGGGACAGACAUGGAGAACCGUGUGAGGAGUGCCGGCCCCCAGGGGCUGCCCAGGCUGGACUGGACGCACCAGGACAGAGCAUUUCUCAACCUUCAGCAGCCAUCGCCAACAGGCCUAGAGGGGCUGGAGGCUGUUUCGAGCGUGCAGAAGGUGCUGCAGUGGCUUGAAGUCUAUGUUCCCAGUGAUCCAGGGACCUUAGCCAAGGAGGAUGAGGACAGUGAAAACAAGACUGACAAGGGGCAGUUCCGUGAGAUAUUGGAAGAGGAUAUGCCCUCAGACACGUACGAAGACAGAAGCGGAAGCCAAGGCGUGUCAGAAGACUUCAGUGACCAAGAGCUGUUUCAAUGGGAACAGGAUGAGAACAAAGCAGCAAAAGGAAAGAGGAUAUCUCCUCCUCUGGCUGCUUCCAGGCACACCAAGGAUAAGCCAGCCAUGUCCUCAAGAUACCAACGAGAGAUAGCCAGCGUCACCACAGCCACAAGCGUUAGCCAGGCAGCAUCCGCUCCUACCUGGGAAACGGCCCCAGUGCCUCGAGUGCAGAGAAGAGCUCACCUCCAGCCCUCACAUCCCCCUGCAGACAGAUCUCCUCCCCUCACAGCCACCCACAGCCCAGUGCAGCAGCAGCGCCCGUCCCUGUUGAGGAGGGCACUCAGGGCUGUGUGCAGGGUGUUCCUUGGCACCCGCCGCCCACGGGAGCAGCAGAGCCCUGCUCCCAGUGCCAGGCAGCUGCCUGGAGAGGGCUGCUCAGAGCAUCAGCAGCGUCCUCUGAGAGAGUGACACAGGGAUGGAUGCAGGGAUGGAUGCAGGAUGGUGCCUCAGGCUCCUGGCUGUCCCCAGGCCAUCCUGCUGUCAGGCUGCUCCUGGCCAUGUCUUUGUGACACCAGCCUGUGAUUCCCCUUCAGACAUUCUGAUUAGCUCUAGGUCAUUUUUAUCGCACAUGUUUCUCAAAUAGACUGCAUUUUAUAUGUAUUUGUAUAUAAUAGGUUAUCAUUUUUCUUCAAUAAAACUGUCAGUUUAGUCC